CAUAACCGCAUCAGAACCCAGGUGGACACAGCCACAGUGCCAUUUGCUGCCCUCGUUCUGAUCACCAGUGCUGUUGCAACAAUCCCAAGCCAAGCAUAUGGACAAGCUACUGCUCUGGGUCUCUGUCCUUAUCACUCUCACAGGAGCCUUUGCUCAGACAGACCUGAGUGGGAAGGUGCUUGUUUUCCCUAGAGAAUCUUCUAGGGACCAUGUGAGCUUGAUCACCCAGCUGGAUCAACCUCUGCAGAAUUUUACCUUGUGUCUUCGAGCCUACAGUGAUCUUUCACGACCUUAUAGCCUCUUCUCCUACAGCACAAAGGAGAAGGAUAAUGAACUAUUAAUUUUUAAAGUGAGAACUGGAGUGUAUAACCUAUACAUUGGACAGAGUGAAGUGACAUUUAACGUGCUUGAGGAUUUCCCUGUCCCGGUGCACAUCUGUGCCAGCUGGGAGUCCGCUUCGGGCAUUGCCCAGUUCUGGGUCAACGGGAAACCUGCAGUGAAGAAGGGUCUGAAGAGGGGGUACUCUGUGGGGGCUAGCCCCAAAAUUAUCCUGGGGCAAGAACAGGACUCCUAUGGGGGUGGAUUUAAAAAGGAACAGUCCUUCGUGGGAGAGAUUGGGGAUUUGUACAUGUGGGAUUCUGUACUGAGUAAAGAUGAGAUCCAGUCUACAUAUGAUGGCUUUCCCACCAGUCCUAGUAUCCUGAACUGGGAGAAUCUGAAUUAUGAGAUCAAUGGAUAUGUCAUCAUCGAGCCUCUGGUGUGGAAAUAACAAGAGUAUGAUCAUGGCCUAAGAGAUCUAUCCAAAGCAACUGGUUACCAGAUUCUAUAUUUGUAUCUUUAUCUUCUUUGAAUUUCCUGUCUGUAUGUUUGUAUAAUAAAUAAAAUAUUGUAUUAUGCCAUCUGAAAUAAAUAAAAUAUUGUAUUAUGUCA